UGCGCCGAGCGAGCCGCAGUCCCUGGAACGCCGAGGUGUUUCGGUCGCCUGCGGCCAGCGUCGCCCGCAAACCCGGGGUUGUUGGGCUGCAUCCCGAGCGGGGACGUUGGCGGAGCACGGGGCGCGGCCACCAUGCCGAUCAAUAAAUCUGAGAAGCCCGAAAGCUGCGAUAAUGUGAAGGUUGUUGUGAGGUGCCGGCCCCUCAACGAAAGAGAGAAAUCAAUGUGCUAUAGACAGGCCGUCAGCGUGGAUGAGAUGAGAGGCACCAUCACUGUCCAUAAGAACGACUCUUCCAACGAACCUCCGAAGACAUUUACUUUUGAUACUGUUUUUGGACCAGAAAGUAAACAGCUUGAUGUAUAUAACUUAACUGCAAGACCUAUUAUUGAUUCUGUUCUGGAAGGCUACAAUGGGACCAUUUUUGCAUAUGGACAGACGGGGACAGGCAAGACUUUCACCAUGGAAGGUGUUCGCUCAGUGCCGGGGCUCAGAGGGGUCAUCCCCAACUCAUUUGCCCACAUAUUUGGCCACAUUGCAAAAGCAGAGGGCGACACAAGGUUUUUGGUGCGAGUGUCAUACUUGGAGAUAUAUAAUGAAGAAGUUCGAGACCUUUUAGGCAAGGAUCAGACUCAGAGGCUGGAGGUUAAAGAAAGGCCUGAUGUGGGAGUGUAUAUCAAAGAUUUAUCAGCUUAUGUGGUCAAUAAUGCUGAUGAUAUGGAUAGAAUCAUGACUCUGGGCCACAAGAACCGUUCUGUUGGUGCGACCAAUAUGAAUGAGCACAGUUCCCGAUCCCAUGCCAUCUUUACAAUCACUAUAGAAUGCAGUGAGAAAGGCGUUGAUGGAAAUAUGCAUGUCAGGAUGGGGAAACUCCACCUCGUGGAUCUUGCUGGGUCAGAAAGACAGGCAAAAACUGGAGCCACAGGACAGCGCCUCAAGGAAGCGACAAAAAUCAACCUUUCGCUGUCCACCCUGGGCAAUGUCAUUUCUGCCUUGGUGGAUGGAAAAAGCACUCAUGUGCCUUAUCGGAACUCUAAACUGACGCGUCUUCUGCAGGAUUCCUUAGGAGGGAACUCAAAAACCAUGAUGUGUGCAAAUAUUGGGCCAGCAGAUUAUAAUUAUGAUGAAACCAUCAGUACCUUGCGGUAUGCCAACCGCGCCAAAAACAUUAAAAACAAAGCCAGAAUCAAUGAAGACCCAAAGGAUGCUCUGCUUCGCCAGUUUCAGAAAGAAAUAGAAGAGCUGAAGAAAAAGCUUGAGGAAGGGGAAGAAGUAUCAGGCUCUGACAUCAGUGGGUCAGAAGAGGAGGACAAUGAGGAGGGGGAACUUGGAGAAGAUGGUGAAAAAAGGAAAAAGAGAAGGGGCAGUAGCAGCAGCAGUAGCUCAGACUCCACAUGUUCUGUCAUAGAGAAGCCUCUGGAUGAGUCCCUGCCUCGUAAAAAGAAAGUUUCCCCAGAUAAGAUGGUGGAAAUGCAAGCGAAAAUUGAUGAGGAGAGAAAAGCACUGGAAACAAAACUUGACAUGGAAGAAGAAGAAAGAAACAAGGCUAGAGCUGAACUCGAGAGACGGGAGAAAGACCUUCUGAAAGCCCAACAAGAGCAUCAGUCUUUGCUAGAAAAACUGUCUGCUUUGGAGAAGAAGGUAAUUGUCGGUGGUGUGGACUUGUUGGCCAAAGCUGAAGAGCAAGAGAAGCUUCUUGAGGAGUCCAAUAUGGAACUGGAAGAGAGGAGGAAAAGAGCCGAGCAACUUCGGAAAGAACUCGAGGAAAAAGAGCAAGAACGCUUGGACAUUGAGGAGAAAUAUACCAGUCUGCAAGAGGAGGCUCAGGGGAAGACCAAGAAGUUGAAGAAAGUCUGGACCAUGUUAAUGGCUGCAAAGUCAGAGAUGGCUGAUCUCCAGCAGGAGCAUCAGAGGGAAAUUGAAGGCCUCCUGGAGAACAUUCGGCAGCUCAGCCGUGAGCUUCGGCUUCAGAUGCUCAUUAUUGAUAACUUCAUACCUCAGGAUUACCAGGAAAUGAUUGAAAACUACGUGCAUUGGAAUGAAGACAUCGGAGAGUGGCAGCUGAAAUGUGUGGCCUACACGGGAAAUAACAUGAGGAAACAAACUCCAGUGCCCGACAAGAAGGAGAGAGAUCCCUUUGAGGUAGACCUUUCCCACGUGUACCUCGCCUAUACAGAGGAGAGUCUGCGUCAGUCUCUGAUGAAGUUAGAAAGACCACGGACCUCCAAGGGAAAAGCAAGGCCAAAGACAGGGAGAAGAAAGCGUUCUGCAAAACCUGAGACAGUAAUCGAUUCUUUACUUCAGUAAAUGUUACAGAAUUAAAGUUACAAUAAAAAAGAGUGAUAUUCCCA